AUUUGCACUACUGCUAAUACACAACGAACGGUGUAAUAUGCGGCUCCCCCUCCUCCGGAUCUUCCUUAGCAGCGUCCAACAGACGCCCAGCUUCCUCCUGAUUGGCUCUUGUGUUUAGACGCGAAGCAUGAGACGCUUCGAGCGGCGGCUCGCGCGCAUCACAUGGGCAGAAGGCGACGUGUGCUGUAACCAUGCAGUUACCCGGGAAACAUGGCGAUUCACACUCAGCUCCUCGCAUGAAGCGUGGGAUUGUUUGAGGAAGUAGUAGAGGUCGUGGACACCACCAUGCCGUGUAAACACUGAGCAGGCGCUGCGUUGCGUUUCGCUCCUGUGUUCAUUCCUGCUCCUCCUCCCUCUGUCUGUCUGUCUGUCUGUCUGUCUGCGUUUACAGAUAGCGGUCGGUUUGUCUUGCUGUGAGUUCUAGCACUGGUUUGGGAAAGAUCAGAAUGUAAGGCAAUACUUCGAUUAAUGUGGUCAGAUAAAGAAGGGGCUUCGAGAUCAUACCGAGGACUGUUAUCUCCAGAUAAACGCGUUGAUCUGAAAACGGAGGUCCUCAGUUCGCAGCCCUCAGAUCUGGAUCCCGGAAUGGUGGCUCGGAGCACAGAUAAUCUGGACAGUUCUGGGGAGCCCACCACCCGCUCCGUUGGCACCACUGCCAGCUUGAAGGGGAAGAUGAGCAAAAGGCUGUCUGUCGGCAAAGGCCACUUCCCAAAGCUCACGGACUGUGCCCACUUUCACUAUGACAACGUCGACUUUGGUUCCAUUGAGCUUCAGUUCGCUAGCGAGCAAAGCGACGCUAGCUGGAGCUCAGCCAGUGCCAAAGACUUCAUCUUCCUCGUGCAGGUCUCCUGCCAGGGUAAGAUGUGGACAGUGCGCCGCACAUACGAAGAGUUUCGCACCUUGGACGCUCACCUGCACCAGUGUAUCUAUGACCGGCGUUACUCCCAGCUCCUGCCCCUGCCAUCGCUUAGUGAGCUCGGGGACCGAGUGGAGGUCUUCGCCCCCAUGCUCUCCGAGUACCUGAGUCGUCUCUCCGUGAUCGUGGACAGUAAGCUGAACUGUGGGCCCGUUCUCACCUGGAUGGAGAUCGACAAUCACGGCAAUCGGUUUCUGCUGAAGGAAGAGGCGUCUUUAAACGUCCCAGCAAUCGCAGCAGCUCACGUCAUCAAGCGCUACACAGCCCAAGCCAGCGAUGAGAUUUCCAUUGAGGUCGGUGAUAUUUUGUCUGUGAUUGAUAUGCCACCCAAAGAGGAGACCACCUGGUGGAGAGGAAAACAUGGCUUUCAGGUUGGCUUUUUUCCCAGCGAGUGUGUCGAGCUGAUCAAUGAGAAGAUGCCUCAGUCUGUCAACACUCCCGCUGCCAAGAUAGUAGAGUGUGAUGCAGGCAACUCGAGACCUGGAGUCGCCAGCGCACCUGGUCCACCUUCUCCCACAUCAGAAGAACUAUCGAGGAGACGACUGGGACAACCUCGAACUUCAAUCAUCAUUUGGCAAGACUACAUCCAGAGAAUUUCCAAGAAGCACGGCAAGCUGAUGUAUUUCCUGCGAGCUUUCAUGAAAUCCCGACCCAGCAAGCAGAAGCUGAAGCAGAGGGGGAUCCUGAAGGAGCGGGUCUUCGGUUGCGACCUGGGAGAACACCUUCUCAACUCCGGACAAGAUGUUCCCCAGGUCUUAAAAAGCUGCUCGGAGUUUAUCGAGAAGCAUGGCAUUGUAGACGGCAUCUACAGGCAUUCUGGGAUUUCCUCCAACAUCCAGAAACUGAGGCAUGAAUUUGACAGCGAGAAUGUUCCGGACCUGACGAAGGACAUGUACAUGCAGGACAUUCACUGUGUAGGCUCGCUCUGCAAGCUCUACUUCAGAGAGCUGCCCAAUCCACUCCUCACCUACCAGCUCUACGACAAGUUUGCUGGUUGCAUGGGGGAGAUGACGGAGGAUGAGCGCAUGGUGAAGGUGCACGAUGUCAUCCAGCAGCUUCCUCCUCCUCACUAUAGGACUCUAGAGUACCUCAUAAAACACCUGGCCCGUCUCGCCACCUUCAGUGAACAGACCAACAUGCAUAUUAAGAACCUGGCCAUCGUCUGGGCUCCAAACCUGCUCAGAUCGAAGGAGAUCGAGGCAGCGGGGCUCAACGGUGCGGACCCUUUUAAAGAGGUGCGCAUCCAGUCUGUAGUGGUGGAGUUCUUACUCACCAACGUGGACGUGCUCUUCAGUGAUUCGUUUACAUCAGUGGGACGGUUCACCGCAGCUCGGCAGUCCCUGACCAGGCCCAAGUCCUUUGUAUCCACCAGGUUGCUAUCUUUGGAGGAGGCUCAGGCUCGUUCCCAGGCUCCUCUUCUCCUUCAAGGAUCUUCUCACCCCCUCCAGGAUCGCUUCCACACCGUGUUGGACCUCCCUACUCACAGAAGAAAAAGAGGGCUGAAGGCACGCAAGGCAGCUGGAGGGAGCUGGAAGACGUUCUUUGCUAUCGGAAAGCCUGCAGGAUCAGGCCGUCGCAAGCCCAGCCGGAUCACCUCGCUGUUCCAGCCCUCCACCUCUCAUGCAGGUUGCAGAGUGGACAGUGUCACCCUGAGGUCAGCGAAAAGCGAGGAGUCUCUUUCUUCCCAACAUAGUGGAGCAGGUCAGGGGAAGCUGCAGCGCUUGCGAAGACCUCGCUCCAGCAGCGAUGGUCUCUCUCUGGCUGCCUCCAUGGACCCUCAGCUCCUGACUCAGCCAGUUCCUUCGCAAAUCCCGCCCAGCCGCUCCUACGACAGCUUGCUUCCUGACGAGGCCAGAGAUGCUAACGACGAGGAAGAGGAUGAAGAUGAUGAAGAGGGAGUCUACAUGUUGCCCGAUUUCUCACAGGACCCUGGCACAUCCUGGAUGGCUGAGGACGUAGCAGACUUUAGCCCCACCUUCCCGGAUGAAGGACCAAUUGGAAUCGGAAGCAGUGGCCCCGUUGCCCCGGGUGAUAGUGAAUCUCCGUCUGCAGCCACUCCUCCUCCAUACCGUUGUCUGAGCCGCCAAGGGCAUGCCCGUUCUGGAAGUCAGCGUUCAAUCACAGAAGACCCAGACUCUGUGCUUAACCAGUCAGAAGCAGCAGCACGUAGGAGUCUCAUUUUGGCAGCAGCCGCCCCAACCCAGCAGGUGUUCUGUCAGCAUAGACCUCCUGCUGUUAAUAGCCCUGCCUCUAGCGCCACCCAUCCUGGAGAGCCCAGCCUUAGUCCCUCCCAAAGCCAGCCCAGUGUCCUGCCAGCUCCUGUACCCUCUGCUCUACCUCCACAGGAAAGGCGCUCAUUUACAAAAAAGGUAGUGCAUGCCCUUUCACCGAAAGCACCCAAGUCGCCUCCACUGGACAUAUCUGACCCCAUUGCCAUCAGUGUGCCUGCCAAGGUGCUAGAAAUGAUUGGCGGGCGAGCUGGCGAAUUGCAUUCCGGGAACCCAGGUGGUGGACCCUCCCAGCCACCCCAAAUGAUAUCGAUGCUGUUGAAGUCUUGUGAUUUCCAGCUUACAGAGAGCUGCCAACAGGAGUUAAACAGCAAGUUUGGCCAUGAGGCUAAGAUCAGAGGCCCCGGUAUUAUUGGUCCCACUGGUGCUCACCUGCCCUCCCAAAAGCCCCCUCCUCCUCCUCCUAAAAACCCAGCCCGCCUCAUGGCUCUGGCACUGACUGAGAGUGCCAACAAAGCUCUUCGGCAGGGUGCCUCUCCUCCCUAUCGUCCCCGCCAGGCCGGGAGUCCCCCUAAUGCUGACACCGGUUUCCAGCGGUCCCUAUCUGCUGAUGCAGGGGCGAUGCUCUCUUCUGAUCCAGACCAGCUAUACUCCACUGUGCGUCCCCUGUCUGCAUGGAUGUCUGAGGGUGGAGGUGAAGUUAGUGCUCCUGAAAAGACUACAGACUUGGCACAGGAGGAGGAGGAGGAACCAAGAUCACCUCCAGGCCAGGACACGGGUACGCUGUCUUCUAAUGCCUCAGUUUCUGACUCCGGAACGUCUAACAGUGAGCUGUCUGCUGGUAGUUCCUCUGGGGACAAUGAGAAAACCCCAAGCCCCACCUACAACCAGAAACCACAGCUUCCUGCACCUCCAAGUCAGACCCCUAAAUCCAGCCCACCGACUGCUAGCGAGGCUCCCUCCCAGAGGAAACCCCCAGCGUAUGGCAGGCAGUUCUCUGCUCCCCACCUCCAGCAACAGAUGUCUGGCACGGAGUCCAAAUCCCCCAACCAGGCUCAUUCCCAGCUCCUGCAUUCCAGGUCAGAGAGCGCCCCCUUAGCCCAUAUACAUGCUUUCCAGCCCACACGCCCCAAAGUGCCCCCAAGGCCAUUGGAAUCUGCCCCGCAGAGGCCCCCGAUCGCCAAGACUGACCGACAUGACUUCACGCGUCGCUCCCUCGAUGCCAGUCGCAUCCGGCGCAUGGUGGGGCCGGCUCAAGUCAACCCACCACUUUCGAGAGCUUUUUCUGAGCGCAUUAGCAACACAUCAGAUGCACUGUCUCGCUACCAUGCAGCCAGAUUGGCUAACCAAGCAGCACAGGUUGUGACAACUGCUCAACCCCUCAUCCAACAACAGCAGGCCCAGACAUCCCAUAUCCGACCUGCAUUCUCAUCUUCUGAAGAUCCCUCCAACAUGGAGAAUUUAUACUAUGAGAUUAGUGCCCCUGAUCAUCCACCUAGCUACUCUCAGCAUAGUUACCAGAACAUGAGGUUAGAUGCGGAUGGCAACUACCGGCUUUCAGAGCCAGCCAAUCAAAGGCCCCAGUCUCGGGGUCAUCACCCGCCCCCCUACUCACAAGUGCCAGGAUCUGCCAGGGCUCCUCAGCUUUGGUCCUCUGAGGCCACACGUGCCUGGACGGCAGCUCACUCACACUCCUCCUUCUCUCAUUCCCAUUCUCACCGUCACUCUCACAACAACCCACCAGGUCCUCGUGGUCACCCUCGGCUGCAGCGUCAGAUCUCCUCCUCUGUCAGGCUGACCCGCAGUGAGCUGCAUCCCAUCCCUGCUGCCACUGGCUUGGGCUCCUCUGGGGGUCUCAUGCCUCUGUCUGUGCACCAGCGUAGCCUACACUGUUCCAUGCGCUCACCCUCCUCCAACCUCACUGCAUCCCAGUUGCAUCCAUACUUUGAAAAUGGGAAGGUGUGCUAUCGAUAUUUUGAGACUUCUGGACACGAAGGACCACUGAAUCAUAUUCAGCCAUCCAUGUCAAAAUCACAUCAAGGCUAUUCAACCCAGAUGUCCCCAAUACAAGCAUAUAACCCACCUUCCAAAGAUGAACCCAUUUAUGUGAACUACCCUUUUACCAGCCCUCCAGGUGCUGGAAUGAACACUAAGACUUGGACCACCACAGACUUGGAUGGAGAUGUCCACCAAGGGGCAGAGCCUGUCACAUACCCUCCUGAGCCAUCUACAGAGGAUGAACAGCAAUCCUCAGACAAAACUCUAGCUCAAGACUGUCCCACAACUAGUUUUGAAAGCCCUACGGAAAAUGAUGGUGCUUCAGAUUCCAAGGAACUGGAGAUGCCCACAGUCUCUGAUACAACGCACUUUCGCAGCCACUCUGACCCGCAGAGCUCGAGCUCAGAACCUAGUCAGGCCCUGACGGGGAAGGACAUUGCUUCACUGCUGAUUGAGAAACUUGCAGAGGAUGAAAGAGAGGGUCUAAGUGUGGCUACUUCAUCCUCUUCGUCUUCCUCGCCGCAUGUUGAAUACCCCCCUAACCCAUACCCCAGCCAACAUCAUAAACGCCCACCACCUGCCUACAACCCAGGAUCCUCUCGGGGUCAUUUUGAGAACCGGGGUCUGCCGCGAGAAGGCUCAGGAGCUUUUCAACGGCAAGAUCCCAUGCGCCGUUCUUCCAGUGGCCAGUACAGACAAGCCUUUGAUGUUAUGCCAUCUGGUGACCAAGUACUUAAGUUUUACAGAAGCCAAGACUUUAUCCCACCCCCACAAGGAGAAAGCACAACAGCGAACCCAUAUCCAACAAGACCUCACUGUCCAGAUUCCACCAGUCAUAUCCUUCAGGCUCACCCAGACACACCCCAUUCCUCUACUCCUCCUUUGGUGGCCUUCUCAAACUUGGCACUAAGCACACCAAGAGGAUAUGGGGCUCAAAUGGAAGUUAAUCCAUAUAACCAGUACCCUUACCAGGCAGGUCCGGUACUUCCCCCUUACCCCAGUGCUCCCAGGAGGGAUGUGAUCCUGGAACCUGCUCUUCGACCUCCAGGACUUCGGAGCCAAAGGGACUUGAACCGGCAGGGCAGUCUGUCUGGUCCCAACUGGUCCAUUCACACAGAGGGUCAGACUCGCAGUUACUGUUAAAGCACAAACCAAUGGCAAGGGUAAACAUUCUUUGGACUGGAAGUGAAAUCCAUUGGGAGGAAUGUCCUAAAAUAACCCCACUGCUGUUCUGCAUUAACUGGACCUUUAGAGUCAAGGAACGAGAAGUAGACAGAGAGGGUAGGGCAUGAUGGUUAAGAAAAUCAAAGAAGUGAACCAUAUAGUGGCUUAGAUAUGUAAACAUUCCAGUAGACACUGUGUUGUCCAGCAGAGGGUGUCAGAGAGUUGUAUGGCUGCUGUCCCUCUGAAGGGAGUAUCAGGUAUUCUGCAUGGUGGCGUUUUUCUGCUUGAGGUACUUUCUGGAUUUAAGUUUAUUGCUAGAACACUAGGUAACAGGACAGAGAGGGGUGUACAGGGAAAUAAGCUUCGGGGGGGUUGUGUGUUGUGUUUUUUUUUUUUUUUUAUGCUAAAAUAAUUUGAUGGUAACCCUAUUGCUGCUGGCUGGUUCGAAAGAAGUGACUUUUAUUUUUGCCUCAGUAUUUUUCUGUUUGUAGCAGUCUGACAUUUUCAUUUUUACAGCUUUUUAACUUUUUAAGUUAAUUUAACUUGAUUACAAAGAGCAUUUAAGAUGGGGGGGGGUUUGUUUGGCUUUUUUUUUUUUUUUUUGCUGUGUUUCAAAGAUUGCGAAGAGUAGGAAAUGUUAUAGUUUUCAGUCAUGUGUGAGAGAAAGAAAGGGCAUGUGUUUGUGUAUGGAUUACAUUUGUGUAUGGAUGCUUGUCACAAUAGGCUUCUAUGUGCGUGAAACGUACAUGAAAGAAUGUGAAGGAAACACUGCCGUGUGUGUGUGUGUGUGUGUGUGUAUACUCGCGUGUGUCCAUGUUUUAUGGAAGGUACUGCACAUGUAACCAUGAGUACUAGAUGUGGGAUUUCAUAGCUGAACUGUAAACCAAUGUGGUAAUCAAUGAGUCAGUCAAUUACACUCACGGUAAAUAUAGAGGUUUCCUCAUAAGUCAGUUGCGCCUUAGGCGUUUUUGCUGCAUGGCCCAUCAAAAGUUUUAGGACAUCUUGCGUAUUAUUUAUUAUUAUUAUGCCCAGUCACCUCACAUUUUAAACCAGUCUAACUGCUCAGAGAGGAGUUCAGAAAGGAAGGGACUGAAUCAUGGCAGAGCUUCUCUGAUGAAUGCCUAUGCAGUAGAUGUAGCCACUAAGCAAACCUAUAAUAUAUAAUUAAAUAUUUUAUUAAUUACUCUGACAAAUAUAGACACGUGGUAUAUCUUUAAUGUGUUACAUAACUGCAAACCAACAAAGACAAUGCCCUGUUAGUGAAACAUUGCGAAAAUCUAGAUGUCUCCAAAUUUUUGACGGGCAGUGUUUGUCCAAUUCUGACACCUGUUGUCUUUGAGUCUGAGGAAUGUUCUCGCAAAUCUGUAUCUGUAUUUAAUUUUUAUUUUUUUAUUAGCUUUGCCAGCAAUCUUAAAAUUAAUAAAAUAAGUAAUAAAAAAAUCUUUACAACUUAAAGAAAGGGCAAAAAAAAAAAUUUAGAUACGUGUGGUAGGGUAACUACAACAACGUUAGCUAAUGACUGUCGGCUCAAAUUUGUUUUUUGUUUUUUAAUUAAAUAAAUACUCUGGGCCCACAGUAAUUGGCUAACGCUGUUGUAGUUACCCUGCCAUAUGUAUAUGUAAUAUUUUUUUUUCUUUAACUUGUAAAGAUUUUUUUGAUUACUUAGUUUAUUAAUUUUAGGAUUGAUGGCGACGCUAAUAAAAAAAAAAUUUUAAAUAUUCACAUAAUGAUUAUAUUACCACAAAAAAGUGUCAGUGUACCAGAGGUCCUGAGUUCUAUGAUUUAGUUCCGACACUAAAAACACCUGUCCAUCUUCCCCUUGAGACUAUAUAUUGGAGCCAAGUGUAUUAGGUAGUUUUUGAAUACUGCCAAAGUUUAGUUCAGCAGAAACAGGGUUGGGCAGCUCAACACUACUAUAAUGCAAUAUGACAAUGUGAGGAUUCCUUCAGUCAAGUGAGCUCCUGGUGAUCUACCCUUAAGUUAAACACAUUCUAAAGUUGAAGCAUGCCUGAAAAGAGCUCUCGUGAAUGGAUUUGGGUGUGAUGGCUUUUUAGGUUGUGUUUAAUUUCUGUAGGAGGGUAGCGCUCCAGGAACAUAGUUGCACAGCUGUUGGGUGGAACAGAUACGACACCUGUAGUGGUUUCCUAGCAGCAAAUGCCUUUCCUUGAGCACUUGUUUCGUAACGUGCCGAGACUUGAACAUUUACCUCUUGAGUCAGUGUUAAUAGGGAUACAUGAGCCUUUAAUUGCUUCUUUCUCAUUAGCAGUAUGUCCGGUGUCCUUAAAUAGCUGGCUCGAAAUGUUUAAGGUGGAUACAUUGCACAUUUUAAUUUUUUAUUUUUUUUUUUCUGCUCAGGAGCGAGCAAAUUUGUUAAAGUCUUGAAGGUACAAAGUGUGUGUGUGUGUGUGUGUGAAGGCUCUUGUCUUUUUAAUCCAUAACUAUGCAGUGAAGUACAAGGAAAGAUUUCCUACAACAUAGUAACUCUUUACUCCAAAUGUUGUGUAUGUAUUCCAAUAGGAUGUGUGCGCGUGUGUUGGUUUAUGUGCUUUAAACCUAAACAUCCUGUUCAAUGGUCUCUUUUAUUGCCUUGUAGCACUUUGCAGAAGGCAAUUCACCAUGUUUUGUAAUAUUUACCAAUGUGUGAAUUAAAAAAAAAAAAAACUUGGAUGCAUCAA